UCCCCUUCAAUACCUUACCCCGCUCCUUAAAAAAAACGUUCGACUAGCUAAAAUUUUGGGUUUACCGGAAUGACGACGCAUUUCUACUAUCCGAACAAGGAGCUGCAGGAGGAGCUGACAUGCAUAUCGAAGGCCUUGGUGGCACCUGGAAAAGGUGUCCUGGCGGCCGACGAGUCCAGUGCAGUGAUGGGCAAGCGAUUUCAGCUCAUCGGGGUAGAAAACACAGAGGAAAAUCGCAGGAUAUAUAGGCAAAUGCUGUUUACCACCGAUCCCAAGAUAUCGGAGAACAUAUCCGGAGUGAUAUUAUACCACGAAACAUUGCACCAGCGCACGGAUGACGGGCUGCCAUUUGUGGAGACCCUGAGGAAGAAGGGCAUUCUGUCGGGGAUCAAGGUGGACAAACAUUUCUCACCACUCUUUGGUUCCGAGGAGGAGUUCACCACCCAGGGACUGGAUGAUCUGGCCAAUCGAUGUGCCAUGUACAAGAAGGAGGGUUGCAGCUUCGCCAAGUGGCGGUGCAUCCUGAAGAUCACCAAGAACACCCCUUCGCCGCAGGCCAUUUUGGAAAAUGCGAAUGUCAUGGCCCGUUAUGCGGCCAUCUGCCAAUCGCAGCGUUUAGUGCCGAUCAUCAGUCCCGAGGUCCUGCCCACCGGUGAUCAUGAUUUGGAUCGGUGUCAAAAAGUCAACGAAAUUCUCCUGGCCGGCGUCUAUAAGGCCCUCAGCGAUCACCACGUCUUCCUGGAGGGAACUCUUCUGCAGCCCAGUAUGGUAAUGCCCGGUCUUCAGAGCAACAAGAAUCAUCCAGCAGCAGAUAUCGGAUUGGCCACUGUCCUCUCUAUCAGACGAACAGUUCCUCCAGCGGUUAUGGGAAUUCUCUUCUGUUCCGGCGCCCAAUCGGAGGAGGAGGCCACCGUCCAUUUGAAUGCCAUCAACAACGUACCGCUAUGUAAGCCCUGGGCCAUGAGCUUCGCCUUCGAUCGAGCACUUCAGACCUCGAUUCUAAGGACUUGGGGUGGCAAGAAGGAGCAGAUUAAUCAUGCUCAAAACGAGCUCAUCAAGCGUUGCAAGGCAAACGGCUUGGCCAGCAUUGGAAAAUAUGUUCUUGGAUCCGUGGAAAGUUCAGCUGGCACCGAAAGACUUAUCCAAGAAGCCGUCGAAUUUUAAAUAAUAUUUCGGUCGUCACUUCAAAAAUCAAAAGUUUUAAAUUAAUAACAGUUAUAAAUAAAACCUUUGACUUAAA